AUGAUAGGAAUUGAUUGGGCCCCUAUUAAUGCAUCGGAUUGCAACACUGGUGAAUUCAGAGUGAAGCACAGCGGUGAAUUGAGGUGCAGUAAAUACAAGUUAUCUUCUUCCAUACAGUACAUAAGACUGCAAAGUUGGGUUGCAUGCGCCACUAUUUAUUUUCUUCGCUUACUUUCCAUUUGGAGGAUUAACUCUUCUGCUGUAAUGACUGUUGCAUGUGGAGAGGCGAGAGCUGCACCUACAGUAGCAGCAGCAUAA